AUGGGCGUAUUUUCUUUUGCUUUGGGAAUCGCUAUCGGAGGCUAUUGGACGAAGAAGAUGAUAAUGAGACAACUUGGGCAAGAAUGGACGCCCGUUAAAUCAAGCUUGCAACGAUUUGGGGUUUGGUCUUCCGAUGAUGACGAUGAUUCAAUCAGCAUUGAUCCAUCUCUCCAAUCAGAAAACAAGAAUAUUCAACAAGACGUAAUUACAAAGCAGCGUGUUCACGACAUGGAUGACUCCGAUAAUCAAAACUUACUUUCACUCUCUAGAGACUUUAUUACCAAACUCCAAUCACGACAGAAUUUUAUGCUUUUGGAAGCUCAAGAAAAAUCUACAAAACCUGAGCGAUAA